UUUCAAACUUUUUCCAUUGGAACAAGAAGGAAAGGAAGAGAAUAUAUAGGGAGAGUGGAAACACGCAUUCGGCAGCUCUGUCUUGUACUGAUCUAGCAAAGGGAAGAGAGAGAGAGAGAGAGAGAGAGAGAGAGAGAGAGAGAGAGAGAGAGAGAGAGAGAGAAUGUCUACCUUGUCUUGCCAGGCGAUCUCCUUGCGUCUGCCUCUGGCGAGGUGCGAAUUAGAAGGCAGCAAGCAGCAGAGACAGAUGAGCAGUACUAGUGUGAAGGUGAAGGGCGUGAAGUCGGCCACCUCUCCAACAUCUUCUUCUUCGUCUUCUUGUGGUGCUGUGAGGGUUGAUCGUGAGCAGCAGCAGCAGCAGCAGGGAGUGGCGGUGGCGGAGGAGGAGAAGAGGCAGAACAUACCGAGGGAGAAGAAGUGGGUGGACAGGCACAGGCAAGGGAUGAUGAUUGAGAAUGGUGUUGCCUACAGGCAGACUGUGGUUGUCAGGUCGUAUGAAGUCGGCCCUGACAAGACCGCCACGCUUGACAGCAUCCUUAAUCUCCUUCAGGAAACGGCGCUGAAUCAUGUGUGGAUGUCGGGAUUGCUGGGGAAUGGGUUUGGUGCAACGCAUGGAAUGGUAAGGAACAACCUCAUUUGGGUCGUCUCCAGAAUGCAAGUUCAGGUCGACCAUUACCCCAUCUGGGGAGAGGUAUUGGACAUAGAGACGUGGGUGGGAGCGUCAGGCAAGAACGGGAUGCGGCGGGACUGGCUCAUCCGCAGCCAAGCCACCGGCCAAGUCUUUGCCCGCGCCACCAGCACGUGGGUGAUGAUGAACGAGAAGACGAGGCGGCUGUCCAAGAUGCCCGAGGAGGUGAGGCAAGAGAUCUCCCCCUGGUUCAUCCACAAGCAAGCCAUACCCGUACCCCUUCACGACGCCAAAAUCCUCAAGCUCGACACCACUGCCAAAUAUCGAAACACCGACUUGAAGCCAAGGAGGAGCGACUUGGACAUGAACCACCAUGUCAACAAUGUCAAAUACGUCAACUGGAUGCUCGAGGCGAUCCCGGACCAGUUCCUGGAGUCCCGGCAGCUGUCGGGGAUCAUACUGGAGUACAGGAGGGAAUGCGGGAGGUCGGACACGGUGGAGUCGCUGUGCCAUCCCGACCAAGACGAAGACGAGAUCAACCUCCACCUUCACAAUGCCUUCAACGGCAGCAACAACAACAACAUCGGCAUCUUGAACGGCUUCUCUCUGCUGCCUUCCUUGGACUUGGACUUGGACUUGGACACCACCACCACGUACACUCAUUUGCUGCGCGCCCACAAACUAGGAGGCGAGGAGAUCGUCAGGGGGAAGACCAUGUGGAAGAAGCGCCUCCACCUUCCACUCUCACACUGACUCACUCAUCCAUAUAUUUAUAUUUAUAUAUAUACAAGUAGCUAGGAUUCUAAGUUUCAUCCUGGCCUGGGGUGGUUACGUUAUAUAUGGAAGUUAUAUAUAUAUAUAUAUAUAUAUACUGUAAUGACUGGUGUAUGUCGGACGUAUACUAUAUGUUAGAUAAUGUAGCCAUAUAAGGAUUGAAUAUCCAGAGAUCCAGCUCGUAUCAUCAACUGGAUCCGUUGUAAUGGAUAUAUAUAUGUGGUCAUGUCACAUGGGAAAAGAUAACUAUUUUGUUUCCUUUGAUUGUUUGGGGGGGAAAAAUGUUACUCUUGUUGUUGUAUCUUUUCUUUUCUUUUCAAAGAUUUAUUGUAUUAUUAUCUUUUCAGUUCACGAGACUUGAGGUUAUUUUUUCUCAUCAAAAUGUUGUAUCUUUUUUCGUUUUGAUUCGGAUUUUUAAUGGUAUUAUACAAGUUAGUGAUAUUCUUCAAAAUUACAUCUAUUUUUUUAUAUAUUUUUUGGAGUAACAUGUCAAGCACUAAUGGAGGUGCGUAAUUAAUCACUAUAUACAGUGGUGGUAGACCUUCGUGGUAUAGAAGUGUAUCAUGAAAGUAGAAAUAUACCAUACCGUAGGAAUGGAGUAUUUAGCCACCAUCUACCCACUAUAAUAAAUGGUGAUUUAUUUC